GCCACCAGGGCGCUAGGGCUUGGGUCACGGACAGGUCACGCCCCAGGUUCGGCAGUGUGGACUUCGGUGUUCGUCCUUCGCCCUUCCCAAGCCAUAGCGCUGAUCAGUGCGGACAGCGGGGCGCUGCGAGGCGCGGCACCUGGCGCCCUAAGUCGCGGCGCACGCCGGCUGCACCAUGGUCCAGCUCACUACUGUCCUCUGCAAGGCCUACCAUGGAGGCCACUUAACCAUCCGCCUUGCCUUGAGUGGCUGUACCAACCGGCCUUUCUACCGCAUUGUGGCUGCUCACAACAAGUGCCCUAGGGAUGGCCGUUUCGUGGAGCAGCUGGGCUCCUAUGAUCCAUUGCCCAACAGUCAUGGAGAGAAAAUCGUUGCUCUCAACCUGGACCGGAUCCGGCAUUGGAUUGGCUGUGGGGCUCACCUCUCUAAGCCUGUGGAGAAGCUUCUGGGUCUCUCUGGCUUCUUCCCUCUGCAUCCCAUGAUGAUCACAAAUGCUGAGAGGCUGCGAAGGAAACGAGCACGUGAAGUCCUCUUAGCAUCUCAGAAAACAGACACAGAAGCUACAGAAACAAAAACGAGCUGACUUCAGCUGAGCUUGAGCAGAGCAUUGGGAAUAAGGUCAAAGUUCUCUUAAAACACCUGUGCAGAGCACUUAGUUUUAUUAGCUUUGGAGGUCAAUAAAUGGAGUUUUCUGAGUCA